AGUGAUUUUCUAGAAUGGGGAUAUGAGAUGAAGAAGAGCCUUCCCUUUCUUUCCUCCACCUCCUCUCACUUUGAACCUCACUUUAAAUAUCUCCUUCAGUUCCCAUUUUCUAAGAUUUUCCUUACACUUUCUCUCGCUCCAAACACUUAACCCUAACUUCCCUCUGAACCGGAAACAGAGCCCGACGAAGCAGAAUCAGGAAAAGAAAGCAAAUCAGUCUCGCAUUUUUUCUUUUUUUUUUUAUCAAAGCGUGAAACUUGAAACCAAGGAAAUUCUGCACCAAGGUUUUAAUCUGUGAAGUUUAAUCUUCUUUAAGGAGGCAAAAUAACUGUAGAUCUGUGAGCUCUAGUUUUCUACGCAACGAAGAUCUGUUCACUCCAAUCAUCGGAGAAGAAGAUGGAGAAAUAGAAAAUUCGAAUUUCUUUAAUUAUUUAUUAUCUAAGAGCUGGACACCUGUUAAAAACACUGGACAUUGUUUAAAAGGCUGUGGCUGCCAUUAUUUCAGGUCUCUGUUGCUUCUGAAAUCACUCCGCAACUGCACAAAGCUUUUAACCAGAGAGAGGAGACUAGCCUCCUGACUUCGACCGUGAUGUGUCGAACCGUGAAAAAAGGCCUUUUAAUCACUACACAGACAAAGUACUCGCUGUGUUAUUAUCAUCAAUGCAUAGGACACUGAAACCCCACUCGCAAUCCCUACACGCCUCUGCUUUCUCUCUCUAAAGUCACCGGCUUUCUUUCUCUGGUUCAUUAUUACAAUAAUAAUAAAUCCAAGAAAGAAAAGCAACUAAAGUUGGGGAUUAGUUGGGGGUUGGGGUUUUUAGUUAUUGGUUUGAGAAAGGAAUGAAAGUGUUAUGGAGGUGGAGGAGAUUCAGAAACAGAGUUGCAAAUUCUCAAGAAUCGGCAAUGGAAAAAAUGACUCGAGCAGAAUAGGUCAAAAGGGAAGUGGAAACUACCCAGCCGAUGAAGAAGAUGGAGAGCUCAUUAAAAGAGCUGGUUUGAACGGUGGGGCCGCCGCUGGUGAUGGCGUUGCCGCUAAUCGGCUUCGCGGGUGGCACCACUCUUCGAGAAUUAUUAGGGUUUCUCGGGCAACCGGUGGGAAAGAUCGGCACAGCAAGGUCUGGACCUCGAAAGGACUAAGAGACCGGAGGGUCCGGUUAUCGGUCACCACGGCGAUUCAGUUCUACGAUCUGCAAGAUCGGUUGGGUUAUGAUCAGCCUAGUAAGGCGGUGGAGUGGCUAAUUAAAACUGCUGCUGAUGCAAUUGCGGAGCUUCCGUCACUCAAUGGUUCAUUUCCCGACACGCCUAAACAAUUGAGUGAUGAGAAGAGGGCGAGUGGGAGUGCCGAACAUGGGUUUGACUCAGCUGAAGUGGAGCUAGAUGGUGACCCCAACAACUAUCAGCAAAACCAAAGCCAGCACCUUUCUUUGUCCAAAUCUGCCUGUAGCAGCACCUCUGAGACCAGCAAGAACUCUGGUUUGUCCCUCUCCAGGUCGGAGAUGCGCGUGAAUCGGGUCAAAGCUCGGGAGCGAGCCAGAGAGAGAGCAGCGAAGGAGAAGGAGAAAGAGCUUGAGUCUCGGAUACACCCAAUUUCCCAGAACACUUUCACUGAGCUUCUCACCGGUGGUAUUGGCAGCGUUGGCAACAAUAACAAUAACAACAACAACGGUAGUCCUGCAACAGCUCAGCAAAACCACAAUGGCGAGCCUAAUUUGUUCCAUAAGGGUGCUGCCCGACAGUGGUCUGCAACUUCGAUGGAUUACUUCGGGGCAGGACUACUUGGGCCGUCUUCGUCAAGGGGCCACCCUUCUUCGGGGUUUGCGGGCCAAAUCCAAUUGGGAAACUCUCUGCAGCAGUCAUUGUCUAUCCCUCCCUUUAACGUCUCUAGUGAGAAUCAUCAGGAGUUGCAACACUUCUUUUUGCCGGACCAUCUGAACCCGGUAGCUUCAACACAACCAAUGCCAGUGGCUGACUACAACCUCAACUUCACCAUAUCUUCUGGCCUUGCUGGUUUCAACAGGGGGACCCUUCAGUCCAAUUGUCCGUCUUUUUUACCCCACUUCCAGAGGUUUUCAUCUCCUAUAGACGGAUCACCUUCUCCCUUCUUCAUUGGUACACCACCCGUGGAGAAUCUUCACCAUCAUCAGUUCCCAGCUGGAUUUGAUGGACGCUUACAGCUCUCCUACGGGGAUGAAAGCAGGAACUCAGACCAGAAGGAAAAAAGAAAGAACUGAUCAUUUGGAAAAUGAAAAUUCAACUUUUCACAUCUUCUCUCUGGUUUUCUUUUUCUUCCCCCCCUGCCUCCCCCUCCCCCUCUCCUUUUCAUGAGGUUUGGGGUUGUGGGGGUGGGGUUUGCCUUUUGGAUUUACGUUUCUGCAUAGUAGCAUGAAUCUAUUAUUAUUUCUGGGUAUCCAUAAAGAGACUUUCUUUAGGCAUUAUUUUUAUGGGAGCUAUGCAUUAUUGUCUUUUUAUGAUUCCUGCAUGGAUUGUUGUGAUUAGGAAUUGGCUGUUUGUCUCCUCGAUUGUUUCCUUCUUGGUUUUCUUUUCCAUAACAUCCUAGUCAAUGCCAGGUGUUAGUUUCUGUGCGGUCAAAAUCAAUGUGUUGGGUACUGAAUAGAACAAAAAUGCUUUU